AUGGGUGCCGCGAGCACUGUGCAAGCUGUCGCACAGCUUGCUGCCACUCGGCAGCUGAAGCAGUGCCUGCGACGCCGGCCUUACAUGUGGGUUCACAUCGAGGAUACAAACACCUGGACGCUGAAUCUCUGCCUCGGGAAGCUCAAGGUGGGUCGUUCACAAAGCCACCUUGAGAUAGGCGGGCGUUCACCCAGUUCACCCACGCCAAGCGCAGCUUCGCUGGCCGAGAUUCCAGAGUCACAAAUCGAUCCGUUCCCUUGCCAUUGCUGCACGAAGUUCCACGGAAAUUCUCAUGGAUACUGCGAUGCUCAUCGACUUGCCCGAUUUUACCACAAUGCGUUCUCCAGAUGUCAUCUCGUUUUUCAAUAUGCAGAGCUGCUGAUGAUUUUCUUUGUACAAGCCACGGCUGAUAUCGAAUCGAGGGGCUUGCUGGCCUUGAUUGUCAUCUCUUUGUAUCCUGUGCUCUGGAUGAGCCUUGAUCGAUUGGUGGGGUCGGCCACCUCAAUUUGUGUCGUGUUGAUCUCGCUGCUCUUCGCAUCUGUAUCUUAUGCUCUGCUGCGAUUCGAUCGGAUGCACCGAGCGACUCUGGAACUGUCGUUGGCUUCUGAAGCCAUUUGCUCACAGGCGAUUCGUCCUGCGAACUUGUCGCACCUCUCUCUGGUCUUUGGAAGUUCCGCUGACGACUUCCCGAACACAGAUUUGCGACAAAGCGAAACGGAUUUGACAAGCAACUUCCGUCAGGCACGGAUUCACUUUCUCAGCUUUCAGAAUGCUCUGCGCCGAGCCCUGGACGAAGGUGAAGUGACGAAUGCAACAGCACAUGCAAAGAUCAAGCGCCUCGCGGACCUAACGAGUCAAGGACGAGACCAUGAUGUUCUUUCUUGCGAAAUCCAUUGUGAAUCCCUCCAGCAAGUUCAACUGGUGUGGCUUGCGCUGAGCAAAAGAUUUCAAAGCGAAGAAGAACCGUGGAAGAUCGUGGCAUUGUGGGAUGGAUUUGCCCAAGAAGAAGAGCGCAGAUGCAGCAAGAUCGUGAUGUCCAUGAACGGCUAUUUGGCCACUGUCGUUCUUUGUGUUGCCUCCUUAGCAAGGCUGCAGAGCAACCUCAGCGAACUUUGCCUUUUGGCGGAUGCUUUUGGCCUCUUGGAGGAUGCAAAGCCUCGAAGGUGGCUGCAACGUGAUGGUCCAAAUGCAAAGGGUUCAAGUUCUGGAGAGAUAGCGAGUUUGCCUCGCAGUUCACAGAUUUUGGGUGCUCUUCUUCCGGUGCUUCUGUUACUGGCUCGUUUCAUUGCUAUGAUCACGGCAGCUUAUUUCACAUGUCAAUACCUCUUUCGGUAUGGCCCUUCCAGCUUGCACGAAAGCAUAGAUCAACUGGGACAGCAUCGCUUUGUCAAAGUCGCGUUUGGAGAACGCUUUGACGGCUCAUGGUGGGAUGCCUUGUGCUUAUCAGGGCCUUAUGCAGUUCUUGUAAUUGUUUUUGCACGCGAUUUGCUUUGCUUUUCUGCUCCGACAGCUCAAAAACGGAGCAGACAGCUGUCACAAAUUGUCUAUGACCGCUAUUUUGGAGUUGAAGGCACCUACUACACGUUCAAAGUGGCUUUUCUACAGCUCCUGACCAUUUUGCUUCAGGCGUUUGGGAAGCUUCAUUUGCUCGGUGGCAUUGCACUCUUUGCAGAACAACAAAGGCUCUCAGUUGCAGAAUCUUUGAAGGUGGAUGACUUAGCCCUGAAGGUAACAUUCUGGUUGUUUUGGGCGCUACUAUUUUGCAACUGCGUCUACCCCAACAUGCUCUUCAUUUUCCCGGAGAGUAUGCGGUGUCGCUACACCUGUGCGAUGCUGGAUGUUUUCUUUGAUCUGGGAUAUGUUUUGAGCUACUUGGUGAUGGUUGUGAUCGGGACGACCGAGUUGCACGUGAACGUGUCUGUUUGGGGUAAUUUUGGAGAGCGCUCGCAGUUGGGCUUUAGUAACAGUAUAAGUGCCAAAUUCGCUUUCCCUUCAGAGUUCCUCCAAUACAUGGCAGUCUAUGUGAGCAUUGCUCACGUGUGCUGCGCUUGUCGCGCUGUUCAGAGAGGGCAAACGCCUGAGUUGGAAGCCGCGAGAGAUGUCCGCCCGAAGGUUGUCCGGGCCCAUGUGAGAUGUCCAUGGGUGAAACGCUUCCUGAAGUACAUCUACUCACCAUGUUUGACGGCGUUGCUUGUCUACUUGCUGAUCUGUCAGGAUGUUUAUCCAGGGCACAGAGGAGACUUCACGUGCUUCCCUUGCCGGUGUUCCGCUGGACGACUUCAAAGCUGCAGCUUGGCAGCGCAACUGCAGCAAGAGCAGCUUGUCAUUGCUGGUGUCACCAGCAUUGAGCCACAGGCAUUCAAACCUUUGGGUUGCCGCCUGUCGCGGUUGUCGCUAGCAAACAAUUCCAUAACAAGCUUGAAACCAAGAAGCUUUGAGCAUCUCCCUUGCUUACAGAUAUUGGAUAUCAGCCGGUCAAAACUCAGCAUGCUGGCCAGGGACUCUUUCUAUGGAUUGGAGCAGCUGGAAGUGCUCUCCCUCCAUGGGAACGAACUCCACAGCAUCUCAGGAGACCAUUUAUCCCAUCUGCCAUCCCUUGAGAAGCUUCUGCUUGGAAGCAAGUCAGGCUGGAACAAUGAAACACCGACAAAUUACGAAUUGGAAGCCGGAAACUUGAUCAAGUUUCUGCCACCCCGACUAUUUGAAGGAAAUCCGCACUUGAACUAUUUCGACGUCAGUGGCAACAACAUCACCAAAGUUGACCGAGACACUUUCGUUGGAGCGAAAAACUUGCGAGCCCUGGACCUCCGUCGGAACAGCCUGCGAGAACUUCCUGAAGGACUUUUUGCUGGUCUCUCGAGUCUCCAAGCUUUGGAGCUGGAUCACAAUCAGCUCAGUGCACUUCCCGAAGGACUCUUUGCUCGUCUCUCGAGUGUCCAGACCCUGGAGCUGAACAACAACCAGCUCAGCGCACUUCCCAAAGGACUCUUUGCUGGUCUCUCGAGUCUCCAGAUAGUGUGGCUGGACGACAACCAGCUCAGUGCACUUCCCGAAGAACUCUUUGCUGGUCUCUCGAGGCUCCAGACAGUGUUGCUGAAUCACAACAACAUCAGUGCACUUCCCGAAGGAUUCUUUUCUGGUCUCUCGAGGCUCCAGGCAGUGUGGCUGGACCACAACCGCCUCAGCGCACUUCCCGAAGGACUCUUUGCUGGUCUCUUGAGUCUCCAGAAAGUGUGGCUGGACAACAACCAGCUCAGUGCACUUCCCGAAGAACUCUUUGCUGGUCUCUCGAGGCUCCAGACAGUGUUGCUGCACAACAACCAGCUCAGUGCACUUCCCGAAGAACUCUUUGCUGGUCUCUCGAGGCUCCAGACAGUGUCGCUGAAUCACAACAACAUCAGUGCACUUCCCGAAGGAUUCUUUGCUGGUCUCUCGAGGCUCCAGAAAGUGUGGCUGGACAACAACCAGCUCAGAGCACUUCCCGAAGGACUCUUUGCUGGUCUGUCGAAGCUACAGAAGGUGUGGCUGGACAACAACCAGCUCAGUGCACUUCCCGAAGGACUCUUUGCUGGUCUCUCGAGUCUCCAGACAGUGUGGCUGGAUAACAACCAGCUCAGAGCACUUCCCGAAGGACUCUUUGCUGGUCUGUCGAAGCUACAGAAGGUGUGGCUGGACAACAACCAGCUCAGUGCACUUCCCGAAGGACUCUUUGCUGGUCUCUCGAGUCUCCAGACAGUGUGGCUGGAUAACAACCAGCUCAGAGCACUUCCCGAAGGACUCUUUGCUGGUCUGUCGAAGCUACAGAAGGUGUGGCUGGACAACAACCAGCUCAGUGCACUUCCCGAAGGACUCUUUGCUGGUCUCUCGAGUCUCCAGACAGUGUGGCUGGAUAACAACCAGCUCAGAGCACUUCCCGAAGGACUCUUUGCUGGUCUCUCGAAGCUCCAGAAGGUGUGGCUGGACAACAACCAGCUCAGUGCACUUCCCGAAGGACUCUUUUCUGGUCUCUCGAGGCUCCAGGCAGUGGCGCUGGACCACAACCGCCUCAGCGCACUUCCCGAAGGACUCUUUGCUGGUCUCUCGAAGCUCCAGAAAGUGGGGCUGGACAACAACCAGCUCAGAGCACUUCCCGAAGGACUCUUUUCUGGUCUCUCGAGGCUCCAGGCAGUGUGGCUGGACCACAACCGCCUCAGCGCACUUCCCGAAGGACUCUUUGCUGGUCUCUCGAAGCUCCAGAAAGUGGGGCUGGAUCACAACCACAUCAGUGCACUUUCCGAAGGACUCUUUGCUGGUCUGUGGAGGCUCCAAGUGUUGGCGCUGCACAACAACAGCCUCAGUGCACUUCCCGAAGGACUCUUUGCUGGUCUCUCGAGGCUCCAGGAAGUGUGGCUGAAUCACAACCAGCUCAGUGCACUUGCCGAAGGACUCUUUGCUGGUCUCUCGAGGCUCCAGAAAGUCGGGCUGGACAACAACCAGCUCAGAGCUCUUCCCGGAGGACUCUAUUCUGGUCUCUCGAGGCUCCAGGCAGUGUGGCUGGACCACAACCGCCUCAGCGCACUUCCCGAAGGACUCUUUGUUGGUCUCUCGAAGCUCCAGAAAGUGGGGCUGGACAACAACCAGCUCAGAGCACUUCCCGAAGGACUCUUUUCUGGUCUCUCGAGGCUCCAGGCAAUGUGGCUGGACCACAACCGCCUCAGCGUAGUUCCCGAAGGACUCUUUGCUGGUCUCUCGAAGCUCCGGGAAGUGUGGCUGAAUCACAACCAGCUCAGUGCACUUCCCGGAGGACUCUUUGCUGGUCUGUGGAGGCUCCAAGUGUUGGCGCUGCACAACAACAGCCUCAGUGCACUUCCCGAAGGACUCUUUGCUGGUCUCUGGAGUCUCCAGAAAGUGGGGCUGGACACAAACCGCUUCAGAGCACUUCCCGAAGGACUCUUUGCUGGUCUGUGGAGGCUCCAAGUGUUGGCGCUGCACAACAACAGCCUCAGUGCACUUCCCGAAGGACUCUUUGCUGGUCUCUGGAGUCUCCAGAAAGUGGGGCUGGACAACAACCAGCUCAGAGCACUUCCCGAAGGACUCUUUUCUGGUCUCUCGAGGCUCCAGGCAGUGUGGCUGGACCACAACCGCCUCAGCGCACUUCCCGAAGGACUCUUUGCUGGUCUCUCGAAGCUCCAGGAAGUGGGGCUGGAUCACAACAACAUCAGUGCACUUCCCGAUGGACUCUUUGCUGGUCUCUCGAGUCUCCAGAAAGUUUGGCUGCACAACAACAGCCUCAAGGAAGGCAGUGGCUGA